GACGAAAAAAAAAAAAAAAAAAAAAAAAAAAAAAAAAAAAAAAAAAAAAAAAAAUAGAGCCCUCCGGCGAGGCCACCGGACAUCCGCUCAUCCACGACGGUGGGGGUGUGUCGGGUAUCCCACCAAAGCCCACAUCCACGAUGUUGGAACCCAACGCGCUGCCGCUGAGAAAAGCGGAGUUGAUUCCGACAGCUCUGUACAAGCAGAGAUCUUGGUCGCCGGACGCGUCGAGGGAGGAGGCGUGGCAACGGCGGAAGGGGAGGAGCAAGAAAGAGCGGAAACGGAGCGUGACGGCGGAGGAUCUGGAGGAAUUGAAGGCUUGUCUGGAGUUGGGUUUCGGAUUUGAGUCGCCGGAGUUGGACAGCCGGCUUUCCAAUACGUUUCCGGCUUUAGAACUGUAUCACGCGGUGAAUAAAAACUACAACGAUUCCAUCUCGAAGUCUGCUAAUACGACGGCGUUUUCAUCCCCUGAUCGUGAUUACCUUAACUCUCCUUCUCCUCUCGGCAGCCCUCUCGCCAUUUUUGGUUCCUCUGGGGAAAAUCCGAAGGCGGUGAAGACAAAGCUGAGACAGUGGGCUCAAGUGGUUGCUUGUUCGGUGAAGAACUCCUCAACCUAAAUAAUAAAUAUCUUAAAUUGUUGACCACAAUGGUUAAUUUAAACUAAACCAUAGUUUAAUAUUUGCAAAUGGGGCAAAAAAAAAAAAAAAAAUAAUAAUAAUAUCAAAGUCGCCAUCCAUCCACCACCGCGUAUUAUCAUCACUCUUUGUACCCAUCUACCUUUAAAUUAUUAGUAUGAUUUUGGGUUAUGUUUUGUUUAACCUAAUGUAUAUAUAGUAACAAGAAAAAAAAAAAGGUCAAUUGUUGUUUCUCUACUUUUGUUUGAAAGAAUUAGCGAAUUUGAGUGUACUAGUAAUUUUGAAGUUGUGAAGUAUGGAUUUAUAAGUGUAUGAUGGGAUUUGGAAAUAUUAUAUAUAUGUGAAGAGGUUUGUUAAGACCA